AUGGAACAGUACCUCCGAGAAUGGAGGCAAGAUGCACUAAAUAAAGCCCAAUAUGAAUCUGCCAUCUUUAUUGGCGAUAAGUUACUCGCCUUGACAGGUGAUGAUAACGAUGCUUUCUGGCUCGCCCAGGUGCACUUUGCUACGGGCAACUACACGCGAGCGCAAACAUUCCUCUCGAAACAAGAUCUCAUCGCCCGAAACCCGUCAUGCCGCUACCUCGCCGGCCACUGCCUCAUCAAGCAGAAUCGCUUCACCGAAGCCCUCGAGGUGCUCGGCGAGCGCAACCCAACCCACCUAAUCAACAAUGCCAGUAAUAAGCGCAAGAUGGCGAACCCGAGCGCGCAUACCCGAGCGGCUUCGGCCUCGAACCACGGAAAGAAUGCCACGAGCGCUAAAGACCGAGCAGCCCACCACCUGCAGGUCCACGACGGUGGGCGGCGGCCGCACAACGUAUCCGUUUCCGUAUCUGUAUCCGUAUCCGACGAAGAAGCUGCCAACAGGCGCUACGAGGCGGCCAUGUGCUACUUGCGUGGAGUGUGCUAUGCGAAGCAGAAUGCCUUUGAUCGCGCCAAGGAGUGUUACAAGGACGCCGUGUCUAUCGACGUGCAGUGCUUCGAGGCCUUUCAGCAGCUGAUGCAAAACUCUCUCAUGUCGCCGGACGAGGAGUGGCAAUUCCUCGAGACGCUCGACUUUGACUCCAUAAGGGCCCCCGGCGACGUGUCGUCGUCGCAGGAAGCGGCCGAGUUUACCAAGAUGCUGUACACGACGAGACUGUCCAAGUACCGCAAUCCCGCCGAGUUUACGACGGCCUACGAGUCGCUCUCUACGCAUUACCGCCUCGCCUCCAACCCCGAUCUCCUCCUCGCACGCGCGGAUCUGCUUUUUACGCAAUGUCGGUACCGCGACGCUCUCGAAAUCACCGAGUCGAUCCUCAAAAAUGACAAAUACAACUUCUCCGCCUACCCGCUCCACCUCGCGUGUCUGUACGAGCUCAAAAUGAAAAAUGUGCUCUUCCUCAUUGCCCACGACCUCGCCGACACGCAUCCCGAGGAGCCCUGCACCUGGCUCGCCGUGGGCAUUUACUACUUCGCCAUCGACAAGAUCGCCGAGGCCCGCCGAUACUUUAGCAAGGCUAGCACCAUGGACGUGCACUUUGGACCGGCAUGGAUCGGCUUCGCGCAUACCUUCGCGGCUGAGGGCGAGCACGACCAAGCCAUCCCCGCCUACUCGACGGCCGCGCGUCUCUUCAUGGGCACGCACCUGCCCCAAGUCUUCCUAGGCAUGCAGAACCACGCGCUCAACAACAUGACGCUCGCCGAAGAAUUCCUCAAGACGGCCUACGGCCUCUGCAAGACCGACCCCCUCCUCCUUAACGAAAUGGGCGUGGUGAAAUACCACCAAGACCGCCCCAAGGAAGCCGUAGUCUGGUUCGAGCGCGCCCUUAAAGUCGCCGAAGAAAUCAACAGCGAACCCUCGGCGUGGCUCGCGGCCCGCACGAACCUCGCCCACGCGUACCGCCGUCUGGGUUUCUUCAACCGCGCGCUGGCCGAGUUCGACGAGGUUCUCCGCCUGGGCGGCAAGGACGCCGCCGUGUUCUCGGCGAAAGGGCUCGUGUACCUCGAGCAGGGGAGGCCGGAGGAGGCCGUGGGUGCGCUGCACGAGGCGCUGGCUAUUCAUCCGCAGGAUGGCAUAGCUACCGAGUUGUUGAAUAAGGCUCUCGAUGAGACGGCGGCGCUGGAUGCGGCGAGGGAGGAGGUUGCGGAGGAUUUGGGGGUGUUUGAGCAGGAGUUGGCGCAGAGGAAGGGGAGGGCAAGUGAGCGGUUGAGGGCAGUAGCGUCGGGGGGUGCGCGUGCUGGUGGAAGUAGAAGUGGUGGUGCGGGCGGAAAGGGGAAGAGUAGGGCGGUGGGGGAGGGGAUAUUGGUUCAUGAAUCGUUUGUGGAGGUGGAUGAGUUGGAGGAGAGGGAGGCGUCGAUGAUGGAGAUGACUGAUGAUGAGUAG